AUGGGAGACUGGGCCCGGGGAUGGACAAGAGUUGGGCAAACAGGCCCGAUUCAACAUUUCGGUCGCAUAUGGGAGGCAGAGCGCGAACUUGAAGAGUUGAGCAUAAUCGACAGUUGGAAUGAGGAUGACAGUUGGCCUAGCAUCAAUAAACCGCUCUUCGACGGCCCUGAUGCGAAACGCUUCGAUACGAAACUUGUCAAACUCGAUGACCUCGGAUAUGGCGCAUUUGGUCGCGUCGAGAAGGUCUCUUAUGGAACCGUCUGUCUAGCGCGCAAGAGGAUUACACGACGCCGCGGCUUCACAAUUGAUGAUUUGCGCAAGGAGAGCUUGACCAUGCAAAAGCUUGACCAUCGACAUGUCGUAAAGCUUAUUGCGACGUAUGCGCCACGAACCCACGAACUGUGUCUCCUCAUCUGGCCUGCGGCUAUUUGUAACUUGAGCACUCUUCUAGAAGACAUAGAAUUCCUGCGCCUAGGAGAAGGGGAUCGCGAGGACAUAAUCGAGAGGCUCGAUGCACUAGACAUCAAGGACUUGAGUGCCAUAGAACCCUCUUCCGAAGAUCAACUUCUCCAUUCUACAACGAAAUGUCCCCUGGAGUUUCUGCGCAACACAAUUGGAUGUAUCGCGCGCGCCAUGGCUUACUGCCACCAAAACGAUGUAAGGCACCUCGACAUCAAGCCUUCCAAUAUCCUCCUAAAGGCGGAUCGUGUAUACCUUGCCGAUUUCGGGGUCUCCAGAGACGUCAGCGGACAGGACCAAACGAUGACAGAAGGCGUACCAGGAACUGAGAGGUGGCGUGCACCCGAGCUCUACGCCGACAAUGGAUCUAGCAUGCAAUUGUCCGAUAUUUACUCACUAGGUCUUGUCUUUCUAAACAUUGCAACUGUCCUCUACAAUGUCCGGUUAGCCGACUUUGAUGCGGCCUUAAAAUAUCCAUCCAGAAAUACCCAAGAAGAACAACUUUACGAACGAGAGAAGAAGCUGAGCGCCCACCUUGAAAAGCUCACCUCCCAUGCUCUUGUCACGCCGCCUUUUAUGUUUACUUAUGAGGGCCAAGAAACGGUCCGUCCCAGGCCACUUGUUAACUUGGUUGCUCGAAUGAUCACUCCGAACCCUAAAAAUCGACUGCAUGCGUACAAGAUAGACGAAAAGUUAUCUAUGCUGGGGGGAAUUCAUCAGAUAUAUCACGGCGAAUGCUGCAAAAGACCGAUUUCUUGGGUCGAGGAUAAAUGGGACAAGAAGCUCACGACAUUGACAAGUCUCCGAAAGGAAAACGAUCGUUUAAAGCAGAAGAUCAACGAAUUGGAAGGGCGGGAUAGGACGUACGAACUUCGACUUGAGCACGAGCGCAAAGGCCAUGAGCAGGCCGUGGCUACUCUCCAGAAGAAGUUAAAAGACAUGGAGGACAAAUUCCUUGUGCUAGAAGGCGGAGCUUCCCAUCGAAAGAGCAGUAUAGGCCGAGCCCCCGGGAAAACGGCGAUGCCACGGCCUUGCAGGACAAGCACGGUAUCCUUGAACUCCUAUCCUGGGCUUGAAUCAUCACCAAAAUCGAAGUCGACCCCAGUGACUCCAGCAGCAAGACCAGCUCUCCAGCCCUGGUCACGUUCCUCUCAACGUCUCCCGCUCGAGCAGAAAGCAUCCCCGCUCCAGAGACAGGCCGUAUCCCCACGCCCUCCAAACGAUACAACCCCCAGGGGGUCAAUAGAAUUUCCAACAUCGCGAUCACCAAGCUUUACGAGCAUGGUAGGGUAUACUUUGCGAUCUCGUGGAUCCGGCUCCAAACUUCCCCUGCCAGUGACGCCCUCUCGCAGUGAGACGCCGCAUCUCAACCGCGACCAAAGCUCAACAGACAGUAGCAUGUCGUCUUCAGUAUUCUCCCGACAUAGCCUUGAGACCAUUUCGACGCCUUUGCAGGGAAGUCCAGCUUUGGACCGCAAUCCCCUUCCUAUGGACUCCGAAAAGGUGCCUAGUUGGGGCCAGUUGCCCAAACAAGCUCGUCCUCGUCAACGUGAUAGCAGAGUGGCAACCCCCGAGCCGCCUCCAUUAUCACUUGAACCGAGCAGCCCAGCCUUCUCAAUACCAUCCGCCAUGUCUUCGCCCAGAACACUUCGAUCAGAGAUUGUUAGUACCGACGGAGACCAGACGCGUCGGCCGUCUGUGCCAUCAUUACAAUCACUAAAGAGCUGGGCUGAAGUGGCAAACGGAAGGGAAAGGACGUUGAAGUUGAUCACCCGACCACGAGCGUAUUCGAAUAGAUCACAGAGACCACUCGAAGAGGGGUUAUUCGAGUCAACAGGAAUGUUGCAGUGA